AUAAAUGUGUUCCUUGCCUUUUUUUUAUUUAUUACAUGUACAAUGUGUUUCCUUUUUUUUGGUGGCACCACUUUAGCGCAGCAGUUAAUAGUUGCUGUGUAUCGCCACCAGGGAUUUCAAGUCCCAAAACAGAAAAACAAAUAAUCGUGUGAAGCACGUGCGCAGCAGCCCCAGGCGCUGUAACGGACUGAUCGUUCGUCCUCACGGAGAUAGCCGCAUCCGUGUUGCAAUUUGUUACCUGCCAUUGAGCUAUCAGAAGUGUCACACGCCGGCAGGAAGCGCGCGGCCUCUUGACUUACAUCCGUUGAUAAACGGCUCGGUGGCACGAUGUUAGCUCAGUUCUCGACCCGUGCAGUGCUGUUGCUUCGCUGCGCGCCGGCAGCCGGUGCUUCCCGGGCGACCAUGGCUACCAAGAGCAAGAUACCGGCCGAGUAUCGCAAACUAGUGUGCGUCAAGACGACGCCGAAGUUCCACGAUGCAGUCUCCAUCGUUACGGUGCCCACGCCGAAGCCCGGGCCGGGUGAGGUGCUCGUGCGGACCUGCUACGCCGGUGUCAAUGCUUCGGACGUCAACGCAACCGCCGGCCGGUACGAACGGGCGUCCAAGGACCUCCCGUUCGACCUGGGCUUUGAGUCGGUCGGCGAGGUGGUCGCGGUCGGUCCGGACGUCGAUGGACUUAAGGUCGGCAACGCCGUGGCCACGACUAAUUUCCCCAAGUUCGGCGCGUUCGCCGAAUACCAAUGCGUGCGGGCAGAGCAUGCGUACCGUAUACCACAGGUCAUACCCGAGGUAGUGCCGCUCCUGGUAAGCGGUCUGACCGCCGCGAUCGGCCUUGACCAACAGGGGCGCAUCAGCGCUGGCGAGACUGUGCUGAUUACGGCGGCCGCAGGAGGUCUCGGUCACCUGGCCGUGCAGUACGCGCGGGCCGCCGGCUGCCGCGUAGUGGCCACAUGUUCUUCGGACCAGAAGGAGGAGUACUUGCGCAGCCUGGGCUGCGAGAAGGUCAUCAACUACCGCACGCAGGACCUGGGUGCCGAGCUGGGCAAGGCGUAUCCCGAAGGCGUCGACGUUGUCUGGGAGACCGUGGGCGGCGAGACUUUCGACACGCUCUUCAGGAAGCUGCGUCCGCGAGGUCGCCUCGUAGUGGUAGGCGCCAUUAAGGGCUAUCUCCAGGGUGACAAACCAUUCCCAGAUGUUGAUCUGCGCAACCUGCCCUACCGACUGCUCGCACGCUCAACCACUCUUGCAGGCUUCUUGCUUUCCGACUAUGCCCACUUGUAUCAGGAGUACAUUGGUAAGCUGUACAUGAUGCUGCAGGACGGCAGCCUAGUUCCUAGGGUUGACUUGGGAUUGAAUGCAGAGGGUGGGGAGCUAAAGGGUGUUGAAGGGUGCAUCCGCGGUGUGGAGUACCUUCACUCGGGAAAGAGCGUAGGCAAGGUGGUUGUCAAGUUUGACUGACCUCUCCACCAUCCAGCGAAUCUGUACUCGUAACUGAUCGUUUCGAAAAGGUCGAAAACCGCUCUGGCGAGGUGUUUGUCAAGUCCAGCUGACUUUCCCACAGACACGCCCACAUGAUGUUGCCUAGUUGGUGGAGGACAGCAGGGUCGAAAAAUACAUUACAGAUCACAAGCUGAAAUAGAGCUGGAAGGGGCAUCAACUGUCAAGGUCCAGAUCUGUCCUCUCAAUUGAAGUUCACUGGUGUAUGAUGAAUUUCAUUUUAACCCGAUAGCUUUAAGGGCCUUGAGUUGCAGAAAAUCCUGCGUCCAGCAUCGAAUGUAGUUUCGACAAAAAUUUUCAAACCACGCGUACCUGGGCCCUCCAUGUGGCACAAGGAAGUUACUGAACUAAUUAAAUUACUUAAGCUAAAAUACUUAGAAAAAUUGCAAAGUACGACUUACACAGAACCUACAGACAUGAUAGCAUUGGAUUGUAAUCUGAAUAUACGAGAAAACAAUUCUGUUACGCAAGAACUCAAACCCCUCUUCCAGCAUUUCUACCAUACAUAAACCGGCCACAGUGUCUGCCAUUUGUGCACGCUGGCACAUGAAUACCUUGGAGGCCACGAAGAGGCGUGCCUGGUUCCUUGCAACACCUCCAGAUGGUGCUCACCUUUGCCACAUCGCUGCCCAUGCUAGAGGCUGCGGUAAAGCUAGGGAAACGAUGGAGCAUGUUUUAUUAGAGCGUGAAGAUAUCUGCCCAGUGUCUAUUUAGGCACCACUGGCCUCCUUGAAGCCCUUGGGUUCAGCGAGAGCAGGAGGAAAGUAAACAUGUCCGCAAUAGGAGAUUAGUAAGAGGCGAUUAGAAGAUUGGUGGAAGUAGGGAAAUGACAAACAAUGGAGGUGUAGAAAAACAGUCCACAAUAGGGGUUCAGAAACGUUGGUUAUGGGAAUUCAUAGCGGUUUUUUUCUUUUUCUUUUUUGACAUAACCAGGAUAUUAGGCAAUAGCAAGAGCUUGGUGGCGCAACCCACCACCUCUUUCUGAAGGGGAUGCUCAAAAUAUCCAUCAGAUAUUAUGAUUUUAUUUCCCAGAAAAAAUAUUCUGGGGAGGUUCAUGGGCUAAAGUCUAUUAUGGACAGCUUGACUAGGCCAACCAUCCGUCCAUUGCUGCCCACACAAGAGGCCACGUUUCUACCAGAAAGCCCACCUUCGUGCAUAGCGUUCGCUGCCAGCGUUUCCCAGUAAACAUUACGAUUACAUAAGCAGCAGUUGCUGGGAAGCAUGAGAAGCCACCAGGGAUCCACUCUUAAAGGCAAAGCUUAAGCGUCCUCCAAAUUUUUAUGCCACGACUACAUAGCUUGGCCUUGGCGAGUAAUCUUGACCAUGAUGGUCUUGCACAAGGUUACUCACCGGUGACAACAAUGUGAACUGAAGAAUACGAGAAGACCAUGGCAGAAGUUUUGUCCAGCACAUGACAGUUAUGACAGCUGUUGCGCCAAAGCAUGUGUUACAGUUGAUGUGUCUGUGGCUAAUCACAUACUUAUUAAGCAAAUUAUUCCCAGGUGCAUGAAGACUUGAUGUGACAAUUUUUGUAUAAUUUUUGUUGACAAUGCCACCUAGCUAUAUCCCCGUGUGUUUGCAGGCAUUUUUGUAACUUUGCCAUUCACUAGUGUGGCAUCAGGAAUAAUUGCUUUACGAACCUGAAACAAAUCUGCAGGGCAGUAUAGACUGGCACAAAUUUAUUAUGGAAGUGAAUGCAGCAAACCCUCAAUGUUUUGACCAGGAGCUGUUAGUAUGAGCUGGUCUCAACAUUGUCGGAAGCAUCAGAAAUGUGCCUCUUGUGUCCAGUGGAAGAAUUGCACACAGAGGCCAAGGGUACUUGCUGUUGCAUCAAUCUGCAGCCAGAAAACUAGACUGUGGAGCGCAUCUUAUCUCUUAUGAAACAUGCACUCUGUGAAUGGCCUGCUAUCUGCACUACACACCAGCACAUGUUAUCUCUUAUGAAACAUGCACUCUGUGAAUGGCCUGGUAUCUGCACUACACACACACACACACAGGUCCCUAUGUUCUGCCCCCCAGUGAAUUGCCACGAUUACCCGCUUGUGUAGAUAAGUAUGUGGCACUUCUGAUGAGUGCUUACUGCAUGCAUUGACCGCUGAUAUUGCUCAAACAUUUACUGUGCCAUACAGUGGAUACUUGAGGACGUUGUGCAUGGCCUAUGCACUAUGUGUGCGAUUCUGUGCCACAUCUAAACUUUGAAGGGUUGCAUUAUUUGUUGCUCCGUGCUAAGAAGUGCCUGUUCUUGAAGACCAGAAAGCUUCAAAUAAAGCUAGACCUUGUCAUGGCACACAAAAUAAGAAGGAUGGAAGAAUGCGGUCUGGGUGAAAAAAAAAAGGGGUCGAGAUGACGGGGUCAAGUGCGUCAUGCGAUAUGUUGUCUACAGGUCAUGAUGUGAAGAAUAAAGGUGUGGUUGACCAGGAAAGCUACCUUCAUUUCAAUGUGGUGACAGUGAAGAUACACCAGUCUCCAGGUGGCGAGUGUAAUUUGUGAAGGUAAUGGAUGUGAAGCACCAGACUGAUAGUAGACUCAAGAAGCAAUACCCACAAAAUUUCCUACCAAAAUUGCUAAAGAAAACUCUGGCACUGUAAUUUUUCAGCUAGUGCGGGACUGAUAGUACAUAGAUUUGUCUGAUCUUCGUGCUUGUGGGUUCAGAUGUUCUUCCGACUUCAUUUACUAUCAUACCUGCCAACUUUUAAGAUUUCAUCAUACAAUGCCCAUUUUUAGGGCUCAUUUACAAUUGUCAUAGUGACACAAAUAUUACUGGAUUUUUUGGUUGCGCAUAGUUUAGAGCCAAAUCAAUUUCAAAAAUGAGGAGCACAUUAGUCUCUGCAUGAUAUUAUGGUGCAUUUUUUCGGACCCAUCGAUUACAAUGAUCUACCUGCAUGGCAGCAGCAUCACCCGAUAGGACCGAGCGAAUUGUCAACAGCUUUUAUGUAAAUAUUUCGACAAACUUUUGUCAACACCCCUAUGCAACACAGCCUGCGAACCUUUAAUAAGCAGUGAACAAUCAACCAAUUUUUGCAUUUUUCAGCAAGUUUUAGUAUGUUGUGGCUUUCAGUGUAGCCUUUCUGAAAUACCAAGGUUGGCAGCUCUGCUUACUAUGCUUUAUGUACCUUUACUAGCGUAACUUUCAAAGAAAUGCAAUUGUUUUCAUCAACUUAGAAGGAAAUGAGACUGCACGCACGCCUGCUCACUGCGAGUUCUUGCAUUUAUAACAAUAUUUUAUUGAAAACUAUCAGCUUGCAAAGUCGCAAAGCCAUUUGAAGCCAGAAUGACAAAGUUUAGGUGAAUCUAUACAUAGUCGGAACGUCGUUAUAGGGAAAUAAUGGAUUUAGCAAAGUAAGUGAAAUUCUCCCCUUGAAAAUUCCAUAGAAAUUCAUGGUGCAGUAAAUGCAAUAAGAGAUAUGAAGUAAUUAAUAUAACAAUGUAAUUCUGGUUCCCCUUUCAACUUCGUUGAGGUUUUACUGUACUCCUUGUCAUUCUCACGCUGGUUGUAUAGCCAUGCUUGCAGCUGAUGUGGAGACUAGCCCCAGAGUUCUCUCUAUAAAUAAACUUUUCUAGGAAACUACGGUAGUACCAGCAAUCAAACUUCAUUGCAGACCAUGUCUCUGUGGUACUUAAGUAAUAGAUGUGUGCACAGAAAAGGAGAAGACUUUGGUACCAACAGCCCAUGCCGACAUACUUUUUUUUAGCAUGCAGCGUAUAUACUUUGUUACACUAUGUAGGCACCGGUUGGCAUCUGAAAAGUCCGUCUCUACGUCAGACUUGGAGGGACACUGUGCCUGUCUACUGAUGUGCCCGUAAAGUUUUGUGAUGUGCAGCAGGUUACAAAAAGAAUUCGCAGAGUUUGACGAUUGCCUUCGAUGGUUUGUGCCACAAUUUCUCUGUUUUGAAAGGUACACUGAAGAAAAUAGGUAAAGCUGCACCAAUAAAUUAGCUUUCUACAAUACCGAAAAAGCCACUCUUACCAGGAGAAGAGGCUUGAUAAGAGAUUAGCGACAAUGCUGCCUUGCAAGUUCCCGCACCAGCUAAGUUAUGACGUCAUGGAUUUUGAAGCUGUCUGUUCGGGCGUAGUUCAAUUUUAUUCGCUAAUAGUCUACUACAUUGCUUUUUGAAGGAGCCAGCGACUGAAUGACGUGUUUUGGAAACUUUCACAGUAUUACAAUGACCCAAACUGAAGAAUACACUUUGACAUCUGUCAUGCCACAUUGACGUACUACUGGCACUGAGGCUUCGGUGCAACAGUUAGACAUGAUUGAAGUUUAGCCUUUAUUUUCUCUAGUACUCAACCUCUUGCUGCAGAAAUAGAGUUGGAAAUAGUA